AUGAUGAGGUAUUUUCAGCUUGCACUUUUGUCAACACUAUUGUUCAUAAAAUUAAGCCUAAUUCUUGGAGAUGUUGGGACUGCUACUUCUUAUGGACCUCCAUAUAUACCGACUGCGUGUGAUGGAAAUAGAAGAGAGCAAUUUCCAGCGGGGAAUAUGUUUGUAGCUGUGAAUGAAGGAUUGUGGGACAAUGGUGCUGCAUGUGGAAGGCGUUACAAAAUAAGGUGUCUGAGUGGAGACAAUAGACCCUGCAAAGGUGACAUAAUUGAAGUUAAGGUUGUUGAUUUGUGUCAUCGAACUCCCUGUCCCACCAUGCUUUUGUCAACUAUUGCCUUCUCAGCCAUCUCUCGCUUCUCCAAUGCCAAAAUCAACAUUGAAUAUGCCGAGAUUUGA